AUGGAUAAUAUACAACCUUAUCCAGACAGCAUCUUCAAAACUAUAUCUGGCACACUCAAAGAGUGGGCUCUGGAUGAUUUUGAGAUUGGACGUCCAUUAGGGAAAGGAAAGUUUGGAAACGUUUAUCUUGCUCGUGAACGACAGAGUAAAUUUAUUCUUGCUUUAAAAGUUUUAUUCAAGUCACAACUGGAGACUGCAGGAGUAGAACAUCAACUUCGGAGAGAAGUAGAAAUUCAAUCUCAUCUGAGUACAUAACUGAACUUUCAGAUGCUCUUCUUUAUUGCCAUUCUAAAAAUGUGAUUCACAGAGAUAUAAAACCAGAAAAUUUACUGCUUGGUGCAAAUGGAGAACUCAAAAUUGCAGAUUUUGGCUGGUCUGUACAUGCUCCAUCUUCUAGGAGGACAACACUAUGUGGUACACUGGAUUACUUGCCUCCAGAGAUGAUUGAAGGCAGAAUGCAUGAUGAGAAAGUAGACCUGUGGAGUAUAGGGGUAUUAUGCUAUGAAUUUCUGGUGGGAAAGCCCCCAUUUGAAGCAGUGACUCAUGAUGAAACGUACAGAAGAAUUGCAAAAGUGGAUUACAAGUGCCCACAAUUUGUAUCUGAAGGAGCUGCUGAUUUAAUAUCCAGACUGUUGAAACAUAACCCAAAUCAUCGCUUGCCACUGAAGAAAGUACUGGAACACCCAUGGAUUGCGGAAAAUGCUUCUAAAAUGUCUGAGAGAAGAGGGGUACCAUCUGAGGGCACUACAGUUUCCUCUCAAUAGUGAAGAAUAUUCAUUUUUAAUGGGCUUCAGUUACUUCAGGGUGUGUCUUAAAGGAGGCACUGGUGUACUCAACUCUGUGUGUACAACAGAAGAGGCAGAGUUAUUCUGUUUAAAGGUGUCUCACGCUGGCAUUUACUACUGUGAGGAGCAUUACAAAAUCAAAUUUAUUUUUGUAGAAUUGACUGGAUGUAGUUGAGACAAAAGGUUCCUUUAUAAGCUGGCAACUUCCCCCCUCAUUGCUGCUUGAUGGAAGGUGUAUAUGUUGCUAGACUUCUAUGUUGUGUACUAGUCACCUGUAAUCAGAGAGCGAAGGUGGUUGUCAAGUUUAGGGUUGUUGGUCUAUUUAUACCACGUUUGAAAACACCGUAUCUUGUACUGUUUUCCUCUGACAGUGCAAGAAGAAAUUUGAAGUGCCCUUUGAAAAAUUAGUGAAUGUUUGAUCUUGCAUCAUAUCUGCAAAACUGACAAGGUAAAAGUUACACAAAUCUGCUCUGACCACUUGUGUCUAAGUGCACGAGACUGGAGGCAAAUGGAGAUUUUGCUGUUGCAGCAAUGUGACAUCAACUGGAUGGUUGCAGGGACUAAUGUGAAUAGCUAAAGCAAUGGUAUUCCUGUAUGGGCGCAGUUGUCUAGUGGGAAUGUUGGUAAAAUAGUACAUCUCUUAUGCCGCAUUGCAGCUUGUUUGUGCAAGUGAGUUGAUGUGGAUCACCUUAGCAUGUUAAUGUUCUGCCUUUAACUUACAGCAUCAUUUGGUUUGUAUUACUAUAAAGGAACAUUCAGAGUUUGGUCUGUCUAUGCCUUUUAUAUACAGAUCUGCCUUUCUGAGACUCCCAGCAGAACUGGAAAAUGGCUUUUGAGGUGUUUUGCUGCUUUUCAUCUUAACAUUCUUGACUUUGAGCAGUGUUUGUUUUAUUAAUUUUAUUUUUCACUACAGCAGGAAAGGAAUAAUGUUUUUAGGAAGAAGUUUUGUUUAAUUUGUGCUUGGUCAGUCACAGGAGCUGCAGCACUGAUAUUUGUUACUGUUCUGGCAUUUGUCUGAAACUGAGAAUGUUUGUUUAAAGGAAACUGCUUUGGGACAAAAGCGUACAUAAGAGGACUUGAACAACAAGCUCUAUGGGCUAAAACAGGCUGUUGGCAGAAGCACUGUAAGAUAGCUGAAGCUGAAUUGUCGUAGCAGUUUUGUGGUAGAUGCUCCUGGCUGUGCAGCAGAAGUUUAAAGGUUAUGUUUUAGGGUUUUCUCUGGAGUAUUUUGAUUAGCUGGAUGUUGCAUCCACAGAUCACAUCUUUGCUUAAAGUGCAAUACAGGGUGUGAUUUCUUCCCACUUUAUGCACUGUACACGAGACCGGUUUUCUUUGAUUUCUUACUUGAAAUCUUUAUCUCCAAAAUUCUUUUCGUGAAUAUGCUGUACCUUUCUGCUAGCUUAUUUAGGGGUGCAGUAUAAAGGGAUCUGAAACGUACAGUACCUCAAAUAAGGCUCAUAAAUGCCCUUAGAAUAAAUAUUGCAGUUCUGACCUUCUAAGCCCCUUUCAGUGAUAUUUUCAAAUCCCACUAUGCUCUGUCCAUAACUUCACAACUUUUUUUAACCCCCCAAAAAUCUAUUAAAUUAUCACAUAUGACAUAAGCAAUCUUACAUUUAUAUAAAUGAAAAACAAACAUUGUCACCACUUUUUUAGUUGCAGCAACACUCCCCUCACAUGAAUGAAUACCCCCAUGCAGGAGCCUUUGCCUUCUCCACCCCUCCUGUUCUCAAUUAUUUGCACCAGAGGGACUAAGUAUGCUUGCCUCCAAAUAUUUUAAAUUUACUGUUAGAGUUCAGUGUUUUAAGCAAAAAUUGUCCCUUCUCCUGCUGACUGAGCCUGUAAGUUGAAAAUGGCAGAGCUCCUGUAUAUAGCUUAAGUUUAGAAUUGAGGUCUUGGAUUUUGAAUGUAAUUGAAUCACCUUUGGAAUUUCGUGGGUCAUUCAAACUGAAAUAGAUGCUUUGAUUCCUGGUUCCACUGUGCACAAUGCAGUCGCUCAAUUUAUGACCAUGACUCGUCAGGAUGACCAGUCUAAACAGGCUAGCAUAGUGGCUGUUUGCAGUGGACAUACUUGUUUGACUUAAAAUAUUUGGCAUAUUGAUUGCAAAAGGCUGCUUUUCUAUGUUUCUGAAAGCUCUUUGGUCUGAUUUCUGUUUUCCUCUGCCUUAUUUUCUGGUUUACUGCAUCUUUUUAAGCACUUAACAUUAUACAGAUCUGAAGCAGCACAUCUUUGAGGAAAUCAUUUUAAGCCUUUGUAAAUAUUUUCAUGUGGCAGAUGUUAAAUGCAAUCACAAUAGAAAUGUGGCACAAAUAAAAAUGUGGGGUAUGUCCGUUGCCGCUUUUAGCUUUUCUCUGCACAUUUUUACUUUCAGAGACUGUUUAGUACCCAUUUAGUUGGCUCUUAUAUUUUGUAAUAAAUAUCCUGCUCCUUGACCACAGUGCAUUGCAGGAUCCCAAGAUUUAUGUGCCUUCUGCAGUUUGAAAUGGAUUGACUUUUUGGCUUUCCAGUAUAUAUCUUGUACUGUUGCAUCACAGGAGGACCAUUGACAGACCCAGUGCCCCGAGCCCAUUUAUGAGACCAGGCUUUAAGGAUGGGAAGUUGGUGAUUGAUGGCAUACUUUGAGCUGCAGUGAUGGGUAAAUUCUCCAGAGCUGCUUUCACAGGCUGAGAUUCUGGAAUACCAAGUUGCGAUGGCUGUUUAUACGCGAUAUUCAUUUCAGGGUGCGUAGGAUGAAUUCUAACUACUGGGCCUUCACUUGCACUUUUUUUAUUCCUAAUUAAUUGCAAUAAAUCCCAUUCCUGAUGUGUAUGGCUUUUCACAUUUCAGCUGAUCUUGCUGUGCAGUGGUUCCUUUUUGAGAAUCCUGUUAGAUAUUAACUGAAUGGGUUUUUUGCUUUGUGAAUUGUGAUAUUGCUUCCAGAAUAUCUGCUGUAAGUUGGCAUUAUUCAAAAGCAAAAAGGUAUUGCCUGGGUUUUAGGUGGUGGCAGCUGCCUUUCUCAAGUAUGCUUGCUUACAGCCAUGGCGUAUCCACAGUUUGGCCCACUACAGGAUAUGCAAUGUUUUCCCCUUCUGCACUGAUGCUUGCCUUUAUAUCUGAUUUACUGCACAUACUUAUGAUCUGUGAGCAUGCAUUAGCCUAACCAAACUUGUCUGCAUACAGUUUCCACUAGGAAAAGUGAUUAAAAACACAUUUGAAUUUCUUUUGGGGAUGCGGGGGCCUUCAAACUGAAACUGGGUGAAAGCAGAAGUCCCCCUCCAAACAUACAUGCCUUUUGUGAACAAAGGUUUAAUUUAAAAACAAAAAUGGGGCACUUUGCCCAUUUGGCUAUAUUUUGGUUAAGAGAAGGACUCUGGAAGCAAUUUGUUUUUGUUUUUUUGUUUGUUUGUCUGUUUUUUUUUUUUUUUUUUUUUUUUUUUUGCUACAUCUAGACUGAGAUUUUUGGUUAUUUGGCCCAAAAUCUUUCUGCAGAGACCAUACUGUGGUACUUUACAGUUUUUUUUCUCAGUUGUUGACCUAGAGUAUAGGGUGCAUGAUCCCUACUGUGUGGGAGUCUUCGUUCUUUAAACAUGACUGGAGGUACUUGUAUGAUCUCAAUUAAUUGGGGUCAUCGGUCUGUAUUAUAAAUUUGUGGUUAUUAGAGGUGAGAGUUUGCACAGAAAACUGGCUUUGUCAGUCCUUUUGGGUUACCAGAAAGCACCUUUUGUAUUAUCAGGAGCCAUGUCCAGCUUUCAGGUUUCAUGGUGUUUUGGGGGGUGGGGAGGGGCACAUUUCUUUAUGUAUUGCUUGGUUUGGUCACUAAAAAACUGCCACCACGAUAUGUGAGGCACAAGGUGCCAAACAAUAUUUUUGCCCAUCAGCAAACAUUUUCUGCUGCUUUUCCUAAAAUAACUAAAAAUGCUGCUUUCCUUAAGACUAUGCCACUGAGGCUAAACUGUAACCUCAGUAAGGUAAGUUUCAGGAAAGCUUGCAAUGUUCCAUGGACUCUAUCUCUCCACAUCUGCAGAUGUGUAAUGAAAUCUGUGGGUGCAUCUCACAUUUGCCCUCUGCUGACAUCACUGAGGAUGCACUAAAUUUAUUAUGGCUGUGAUUUAAUAAGUUUACAAAGCUAUUUUAUUAAAAAAUGGUAACAAUAAAUAAGUGAAAAUAAGUGCAUCAAGGCACUUAAAUGUCACAAUGUACUUAAGAAUAUGAACAAAUGAUCUCAAAAAUCGCCAGCUGCAUUUUCUUAAGUGCUACCUAGGUAAGCAGAAUACAUGAUUUUCCAUUCACCAGGUAAAGUAUGAAACAAACUUUCUUUCAUUAGCUGUUGCAUCGUUUGGAGUGUUUUUUGCAACUUAUUUGAGACUGUGGUUCCCUGGUAUCUGAAUUAGUUGGAAAUUGUUCAGGCUUGGGAAGAAAAGGUAUAAAUGAUUACAAUGGUACAAGUCUGGCUAAAGCGACUACUAUUGUAUUCCAGUCUUCAAUUCUCCUUAACUGUUGUAAAAUUUCUUGAGCAGUCAGAAGGGAUAAUUCUGCAGUAAAUACAUGCAGCCUGUGUAGUAAUUGACUAGGGUUCAAAAUGUGGCCCUUCUUGCAGAGACCUUAUAAAAGUUCCAUGGUGUGCCCCCAAAUAAAAAGGCUGUUUCAAUGAUGGUGCAUGAAGAAUGUCAACCUUUUACUACCCUUGUGUGGCAUCUUUUUCAUACUGCCCCCUGUAAUAAGUGCACUGCAUUUUGAGACCAGUCUUAAAGAUGGUAGGCUGUCAAUCAGUUUUUAAUAUCAUAAAGAAAUGUUUGUGUUUACUUUGCAGUUUAUAUUGUGAUUUUUCUGUGUUCAGAAUUUAUAUAGAAUCAUGCACAGGUUUUUGCCAUUUACUGUAGACCUUCAACGUCUCCACUGCAAAGCUACAUAGAAUUUUCAGGAUGUUCUGCAAAUUAACUGCAUCCAGGAGACUGGUAGCAUCACAAGUAAAUAGUAAACGGAUUACACUACAGUAGUCCUACGUUAUUUUGUUAUAGGAUGACUGUCAAGGAAUUAAUCAUUAAGACUGGUUAUUAAAAGGCACUCUGCCCUUUUGUCUGAGUGUUGUUGCAUCUGCUGUUAAGGUUUAGUUGACAAGACUACAUAUGAGAGCCAUUAUGUUCUGUUGCAGUCUGGUGGCACUGAGCUCUUAUUUAUGCAAAAAUUAAUGAUUUAUGUCGAUGUAGGGUAUUGCUCACAUCCACAGAAUUUAUCCAUCUUGUGUGUGAAACGGAGCAGCAUUACCAAAAUGUUAAGACUUUUGAAGAUGCAGUUGUGAAUAGACCAUGUAGGGAGCUUGUAUAUGAAACUGCUGCAGAAAAGUGUCAUUCAGUGAAAUUAAGUAUAAGUUUUUCUUAUAAACUGUUAGAAUUCAGUAUUUUCCUUAGUUGGUAUUUGAGCUACAUUGGUUCAUUAAUUUGAAUAAUUUUUGUUUGUAAAAGAAAAAUCAAGCUGUUUAUGUAUAGGUUUAGAACAGAAUUUGUGAAAGUGCAACUGCAUACACUUAAACCCAGAUUUUUCAAAUAUAGCCAGUAAAAUUCUUCAAACUUGCAUAAAGCACAAAUCACUUUCGAGCUGCUGUAGUAUAAAGUGGCUUGUACAAUAACACAUUGCCUGUGACUCUUCAAAAAAAAAGCUACAGUUUUUUCACAUUUUGAUUAAAGAUGGCUAAUCUGAAAUAUUUUUUCCCUCUCCCCAAGUAUUAGGUUUGUUUUUAAAGACUAUAGCCUUUUUAGGUUUUGAAUCUGUGCAAUAACCAGUUUCUGGCUACCAAGUGUUCUGUUUAUUUGCCUUGAUUUUGGCUAAUGACAUAGUAAUCAUAUAUUGUAGCUACAGCUGAGUGAACAUAACUUGAGUUUACUUCUUGUAUAUAUUUCUGUACAUAAUUAUGUUUGAAUUUUACUCGUCUGUCACUUAUAAUUGUCUUCAUUUUAAUUAUAAAAAUAAAGUUGAUUGUGUUUUA